UUUUCGUGCAUAGAUUUGAUCGGCGUUUUCUUUCCGUGCUGGGAACAAAAUUUAAUGUGGGAUCAUAAAAAAGCUCAUACUGUGGACAAAUUAAUAUUUUAAACAAAUUUUUAGUUGAAUUUUGUAUCUACUAACAUACAUUCAUAACAAAAGUCUGAUGGUAUAGCAAUCGAAAUUUUGAAUUCGAACGGAAUAAUAAGGUCAAAAUGGAUAAUAUAAAAUCAAAACUUUUCAUACAAACUAUUGUUGACGUCAGAGAUGAUUUCGAGGAGAAAUACGAAAAAGCUUUUCGUACUUACGAAGAAGCCAUUACCGGAGUAAACAACAAAGAAUUGCAUGAAUUGCUGUCCGGGAGUAUUUGCAAAGAAAAACAGCAUGAAGAAAUAUCGCUGGCAUUAAUAUACCUAAUUCUAACCGAUACUACUGCAGCACCAAAAACAUACUCCGAUUUGACUCUUCUAACCCACGAUGGGUUUGCGUUUGUGACUAACAACCUUGCCAUGUUGGUCGCGGAGAAAUAUCAAAGAUUGAACGACGUGCCCCGGAAGCAAAUGCUGUGGUUUCUCAAAGAGCUGAUCAAAAAUCAGGUGCUCAACGUCGAUAAUUUGGUUUGGAAUAUCCUGCGUCAAGCUAGUGGUGGUGACAUCAGUCCUAAAAACGUGGCCCUCGUCGACGGCCUGCUAGAUAUAUUCAUCGAACAUCGCACUUGGUUGGAGAAGGACCAGUUCCUUGUUGGAACUGUUAUUUAUACAUUCCUAAGACUACUUGAAGACCACAGCAGCCCUCAGUUCAAUAACCUUCACAAUAAAGAAGUUGCCUUUGUAAUAUCGUUGAUUCGAGAAAGAUUUACGGAUGUGCUUCCUUUGGGACGUGAAUUUGUACGAUUGUUGCAAAAUGUUUCUCGCAUACCUGAAUUCGAAGCCUUGUGGAAAGACAUUCUUCAUAAUCCCAAAAAAAUGUGCCCUACCUUUAACGGAGUUAUGCAACUUAUGCAGACCAAAACAAGCAGACGUUUUUUACGUUGUCGGCUUACACCAGAGGUCGAACGGAAGCUACACUUUUUGAUAAGUAAUGUCAAAUUCGGAAAUCAAAAACGGUAUCAGGAUUGGUUCCAAGAAAAAUACUUUACUACACCAGAGUCACAAAGCUUGCGUUCAGAUUUAAUCAGAUUCAUUAUUGGAGCAAUACACCCUACCAACGAUAUGCUUUGCUCGGAUAUAAUUCCACGAUGGGCAGUUAUUGGUUGGCUCCUAACAUCCUGCACAAAUGCUGUCGCGCAAGCCAAUGCAAAAUUAUCAUUAUUCUAUGAUUGGUUAUUCUUCGAUCCCCAAAAGGACAACAUAAUGAAUAUUGAACCUGGAAUACUAGUGAUGUACCAUUCAAUAAAAAAUCAUCCAUUAGUAAGCUGUACGUUAUUGGACUUUUUAUGCAGAAUUAUGAAACACUUCUAUCCAAAAGGAGAAGAUCGCGUUCGUGCAGGAAUUUAUAAUUCGCUACGUAUCAUCCUAGAAAAGCAGGUCAUUCCAAAUCUGUUUCCUCUGUUAGAGUCUUCUAAACUCGAUCGAGAAUUAAAACUAUCACUCCGCGAGAAUUUUCGAGAUUUUUUUUCAUCUAGCGUUGCAACCCCAGCUAUAUUCAGUACGUUGUCGUCAGUGAAAGCACUUUCGGUAGAAGACGAUCAACAAUCGGAGACUGAUCGAAUUGAAGAUAAUUACAACCACACAGAAAACAUUGUCAACUACAAUACAUCCAACGAAGAGUUAAAAUUUAGCGACGAUGAGGAUGAAAACAAAUUGAACAACGUUAAGGAUGAAGUUUCGGAUGAUGACGAUUUGCCGCUGUCGAAGGUUUUGGAAAUGGAGAAACCUAUAGUUCAAUCUAUACCUGAAGAGCUACUAAGCAGUAUCGAUGCUUUUGCUAAUUCAAAAAAUGCCGACGAUUUUGAACUACUUAUGGAUGAGCUGAUUGAAACAGGCCUGUUAAAUAAUGAUCAGGAAACGUACAUCAAUGAGAGGAUAGCUCUUAUUCUACAACAAUCUCUUUUUGGAUGCUCCAUUUUUCCUGAGUCAAAAUCAGAAGAGUGCCUGUCUGACACCAUUAGUGGCCCAAUAUUUUGCUUAUUCAAAAUGAUGCUGCAGACAGACGAAAAACAAAAACAGCUGAUGAAAAAUUUAGUAAUGCAUGUACAGAAACAAAUUCUCAGCGCUGGAUAUUUGCUUCUUCAUUACCUCAAAGUAAACGCCAAACUGCAAACGAGACGAAAGGAAAAUGUUACAUCUGCAUUCAAAGGCAAUGUUUAUAAAUAUUAUUGUACGAUGAUUGAUUCCCCCUUUGAGGAUCAACUGAAAAAAGAUCUUGAAAUAUUGGAGAGGACCAAUGCAAGAUUGUUCUUCUGGAUUCUACCUGAUUUGUACAAAGAAUACAAGAAUGUUAUGCUGAACAACAUUGAUUUGUUGACUCUUAUCAUCGGCGCAAUUGAUGCAAAUAAUCUGCGAGACAUCAUUUUCAACGUCACUCAAGGCAAGCUUGUAAUGUUCACUAGCGAUGACAUUAUUGACGUCAUCCGAGAAACUUUGGAGUAUGAAACAUUCGAACAGUUCUGUUUUUGGCAGUUGAUCCAGGCUCAUGAUAUACCUCUCGAAUCAUUUCAGGACAUCAUUCCCGAAUUGGACACUUCUGUACAUGCAGAAGCACUUACGUAUAUUCUUCUUCUAUUGAAGAAUGAAAAGCCUUCGACAGAGUUGGUCAAAUGUCUUCUAAGCAGAGAGUCAAAAACUCGAGCAGACGCAUUCGUGAUAUCUGUUCUACGUUGCUGGUGCGAAGAAUACGAAGGAAAACUAUCGGAAAUAAUAGCUGGAUUAUUACAAUCAAAGUAUCCAGCAAGUUCUCCAAAUAAACGUAAACGACCCUUGAAGUCAUCACCUUUACAGCAUUGUACUCCAUCUUCUGAACAGAUACUUAUUCAUUUAGAGCACUUCCGAAGAAGUUGUAGACAUGGCAAUGGGACUGGCACAGGACUCUACGUUCAAAAUGAAAUGCAAAGAUCUCUACAACAAGCGUUUGCCCACAGCACAGAUAGUCAAAAGAAGCAUUUCGCCGAUUUAUUCGCACUCGCUGCAGAAGAUGAAACUUCAGCGGCUGUUGGACGGAGAAGCACAAGUAGUCGUGGCCGCAAACCACCGGCAAGUAAAAAAGAAUCUUCAGCUUCGAACAGUAGUUCAAAAAAAAAUACCGAUACUACGUAUGGUAGCGACGAUUCUACAGAUGAGGAUUGGUCAAAACAGAAAUCUGGAAAACGACGGAAAAAGGCAUUCAGCGACUCUGAUUGACAAUUCAUUUUUGUAGGAUAUACAUACUCCUCCACAUAUCGUUGCAUUCACUCCCGAGAAAUGCCUAAGACAUCAAUAUUUAAUAUUUGGUUUCUGUAAGAUAUGUAGCAAACACCAUUUUACUUUAUGUUUAUGUAUAAAAAAAGUCAUUUUUCGCAAACUUUCAACGUUA